AUGGCCUAUACAGACGAUGCUGUGAAAGCGAAGCUUUCCGCCCUCAAUGAGACGCAGGAGGGUAUUGUCACUGUCGCGCAAUGGGUUAUGUUCCACAGGCGACAUGCUGAGCGUACUGCGCAACUUUGGCUACAAAAGCUUCGUGACUCCCCGGCGCCAAAGCGAUUAAAUUUGAUAUAUCUUGCAAAUGAGGUUGCGCAACAGUCAAAAGCACGACGGAAGGAGGAUUUCUUAAUAGCAUUUUCACCAAUCAUCGCAGAGGCGACGGCUACUGCGUACAAAGGUGCUUCAAAUGAUAUUCAGCAGAAACUCCGGCGAGUAGUAGAGGUCUGGAGACAACGGGCAAUCUUUGAGCCGCCGAUUCAGGACGCGGUUGAAGCGCGCGUAGAUGAAAUUGACAAAUCACGCUCCAUCGGUAAAAAGCCGCCUCUGGGCGGGUCACUCUUCUCGAGCUCGUCUGGUUCAACGCCUUCUGAGCUCCAGCCCCUUGUUCCACUACAAGUGGCUCUAUCAAAAUCUACGGUCGCCUCAGGUGCAUCCGCGACGACAGCCAAUGCCGAGUAUGACAAGAUGCAUGACCCCAGUACCCCUUUACCGACACCUCCAGUACAUGCCGCACGACUUAGCCAGCUAUUGAAGGCACUUGCGAAUGCCGAGAGCUCCGUCUCUGAGGUAAUAAAAUCGCGAUUAGCACUCAUUGAUGGUCUCGAAAAACUUCUUGAGACCAAUCGCUCGGCGUUGGCGAAGGAGCAGUCUCUGGCUACUCAGCUAUCAGAAAGAAGAUCGGAGACUGAGGCGAAGAAACGCGAGGUGGAGGAUGGAAUCAUGAGAGGGCUAUCCGCUGAGAAUUCGCCAGCCGCCCACCUUGGAGACUCCGAGGGAGAUCCCGUCACGCGUCCGGAGGUUGAAGCUCUAACCCCGCCACCCGUGGAAGCUCUUACACCCGUUGGAUCGCCAAAACAGGAGCUGCAAGAGAUGGAUUUUGCUGCACAGAACAAUGCUCAAUCUCAUGAACCGACUGCGGGCUUCUCAUUGCCAGGCUUCGGAUUUACAGCAGAAGCUGUUCAAAGUAGUCUUCAAGAUGACCCAAACGGGCUCCAUUCUAAGAAACGCAAGGUCGUUCAUGAGGAAGAAGAUUAUGCUAAGUUUGCCAGUGGUGAUUUGGACGCUGAUGUCGCCGAGUUAUUGCAGCAAGAAAGCAAUCUUCCCAAGUGA